UGAUAUUCUUGUAGUAUACAGACAUCAUGCCGUAUAAUUCCAUGUAUUCUUCAAAUUUCAACUUGAAAUUUUUUUAAAUUAGCAAAAUUUGUUAGCUUAAAAAAGUUAGGCGUGCAUUUUGCAUGGCAUUUGAGGAUAAGCUAACGAAUUGAAGGAAAGAAGCUACCGUCUUGUAUAUGUUACAUGUUGUCAGCGUGCCAUACAGCUUUCUUUCCCGACACACCAGCAUUUUGUAUAAUUAAGAACUGAUUUGUUCAAAGUGCUACUUUGUUCUUGAGAAGCCCGCGUCGUCAAGAUGCCGUUUGCUGCCAUUUUGUGUUUUUUUCUUUUUUUGGACCAUGUGCUAUUCACAGUGGCGGUUAGUUCGGAACGCCACUCGGCCAAUGGCAGGCCACUGUUGCUUCUGUUGCGAGGUUGGGGCAAAGGAAGCCCGCCCCCUAUACUGAAAGGGAAGGCGAAGGAGGCGGCGGCCAUUGCAGUGGAACCAGACGUAGCUGAGAUCCCUGCAAAGCCUCUUCCUCAGAUCAUGCUCCCUCGCAAUAUGACAGCCGAUGCCCUGAAACCGCCGCUAGGGGCUGCGCAGGUGGCACCGCCGCCGCGCCGUCUGGUGGAUGUCGACGUAUGCAGGGGAUACUACGAUGUAAUGGGACAGUUUGACAACACCUUUAACUGCACGAAGGGCACUUACAUCUACUGCUGCGGCACUUGCUACUACCGCUUCUGCUGUGAGCAUCAGCGCAACCGGCUGAACCAGGACGGAUGCACCAAUUACAACUCGCCCAUCUGGGCCAACACACAGGUGCCUGCCACUCAGCCCCCAAGCCGUUCGGAUCCAGACUUUGACCCUUUGCAGCAGCAGAGCAACAAUACAGUUUAUGUCAUUGGUGGGGUCAUCUCUUUCACGUUGGUCGUGGCCAUCGGGGUGAAGGUGGCUUUUCGCAAGGUCUCCCGUAGACCCAGGAACCGAGACCUCAACAUGCCCAGGGCACUCGUUGAUAUAUUGCGUCAUCAGUCCAGCCCGGUACAGCAGAGUGAGAGGAACAACAGCACCACCAUCACCUCCAGCAAAGCCGCUCUGGGCCGGCAGGCUAAAAACCAUUACACACCCGUCAUCCAGAGCAAAGACAACCGGAUUGGGAAACACAACAUAAUCCAGUCUGGGUCUAGCCCCAAACACACAGCUACUAUAGAGCGUGUACCACGGAUGAACAACGCCCAGCUGACCUCACCAGGACCGCUGAUGUCCAGCAAGACCAACAACACGGGCCAUCAUUUAACCUUCUCUCAUUCCUUUCACGACCUGGCCCAGCUCCCUCCGGCAUAUGAAGCUGUUAUGAAGCCUGAUAUUAAUCGUUAUUCCUCCCUCAAGAGACUAGAAAAAGAUCUGGACGAUUACACAAGUUAUUAUACCUCAAAAAGACGAGCCAACGACACGCCACCUUCCUUCCACUCCUCCCAGCAUCAACUGCAUUGGGGCGGUGAUUACACUUUAGGGGCAAGGGGUACGCUGCCUUUACACACAUCCCGACCCCAAGUACAUGUACCUACCUCUGCGUGCACACCAAAUCCUUACCCUUUACCCCAGUCACCGUACAGUCCUACCUUUACGACAGUAAGCCAGCCUCCACGCCGAGUGAUGUCUCAAGACCAACUGCUGGCCUUGGGGGAGGGAAACACCCUGUCUUACUUGUCGAAGAACCAGCAGCACCAGUAUUACAAAGCCAUGGCCACCAGCAAGAGUUCCAACUCAAAGGCACUGAGGAAGUCCCACGAACGCCUCCUGUUGUCGCCUGAGGAAGGAAUGAUGGGAAGCGCAUUGGGUGACUACGGAGGGAUGAUGUCUCACCUCAGCCACCAAAAGAAAACGCAGUCCCAGCAGAACGUCUGCGUGACCCCGUUACUUGACCGACACCACAUGAUCAAGAUGAAUUCGCACCCGACAUCCGGCUGUGAACCGGAGUUCACAUCCAUUGUCGGGCAUGGCCAUGGAACCGGCACUCUGGGGGGUUGGGGGGACGGUCAUGGUUCUGGCGGCGCUGCCGGAUCGAUAGGCCAAAGUACCCGCAGGAUGGCGUUUGCUGCAAAGCGGCAGAACACCAUCGAACAGCUGCACUUUCUCCCCGGGGCGGGCGGAGGAAGUCAGGCACUUUGGACAGGAAGUAAAAAUGAAGUCACGGUGUGAGAACAGGGGUGAGACAUAAGAAGGAAGAAGAAGAAGAAGAAGAAGAAGACAGAAAAUGAGGGAUCAGAGAAAGAUUAUACAUAUUCGCUUGAAUGGACGAAAGGACAAACACACGAUGGGAGCGUAUAAGUUCGAAAGACGUGAUGAGAUGUGCAAAACAGGUAGGAUGGAGGAAGGGGGAAAAAAAGCAUUCGAUUGAGGAGCAACGCAGUACUCGUGCUAGGAGAACUCUGUAUACUGCUAGAACAGAUGGGAGGUAAUUCAUGGUUCUGGAGAUCCGUUUAUGCCCCUUGCUGCUUGUUGCUAAGAAACAGGAUAAAAUACACCCUUGUUAUAUGGAGGUAUUUUUAGGAGGAAACCAUGUGGAUAGUUAAGAUUCCUAGUUUUAACUCAUCUGAAUGUGUAUACAGUAUAUACAUGUUCUUAGACCCAUUGCAUCUGCAACUAUUGAGCCAUACCUUUAGUUAAAAAAAAAUGUAAUAAGAUAAUAAUAAUAAUAAUAAUAUAUACAACAAGAAUGAAAAACAUGUUGGAGGUUCUCUCCAACACGAAUCGUCUCAUAUGAUUUUAUAUGAUGUAAAGCUUAAUAGUACUGAGGAAAGGACUUAAUACGUUAAAUACAGACUGGUGUAUUUAUGACGAUUGCGCUUUUACAGUAUGAACUUUCCAGAUGUGAUCAUGGCUUCACAAAUAAAUAUUGAUGUGCAGUUUUAAGUGAGCGAUGAGGACCGAAAAAAAAAAAUUUAAAACAAAUCGAACAUUUAAACGAUUUAAAUAGCGGUCCAGCAGAUGAACUAAUUAAGAAGCUGUUCAGCUUGACUCUUUUUUUGUAAUCCAGCUUGGGGUAGAUCUGGAUGAAACGUUUGACUAGAAGCCUCCAGUCACAUUGUUUUUUUAAGAAAAGGAAAAAAAAAAUUUGCGAUACCAUGGCUUUAUCGUGGUACUUUUUAAAAGGUGCCUCUGAGAGCAAUAUGCGCUGGCCCAUGAAAGAAUCUAAAGGCCUUGUGGUCUGCAGUUAGACUUUUAUUUAUUUAAUUUUUUUUAAAGUGUGGCAAAAUUUUUUAAAAAUCUAUUUAAAAAUAAAACAGCCGCGCCCUGAUUUAUCAGGUCUGACCAUUUAAAGGAAUCCUACAUACUACAUACCGUAUGACCUCCCUAGUCCUGAUUCCUGACCUUCGGUCUGUUAUUGUAGAAGUGUGGCAGAAGAUUAAUAAAUUAAUUAUGAGCAUGCUUUGUCGUCAACAAAACUGCAGACACAAUUUGUAACAGUUGAUUACUGUAUUAGGGGGACAGGGAAAGGGGAUGGGGACUUGUUGGACUCUUUAUUCCAAGGGCUAUUCUGAAACUUUUACCUGUACGUCUCCGCUUCUGUGUGUGUAUAUGUGUGUUUUGUUUUUCUUUCUUUCUUUCUUUUUUUUAAUGAACAUGUGUCAGUGUAAACGGCACAGCUCUAGAAUAAAAUGCAGAAAAACAACAGAUAUAGCUAACUAUGUAACCUGCCAAGUUGAAUACACUGUAAUAUAUUAAGAUACGUGUUAUUUUCUGAUAAACACGCAGGCUGGUUUUGGUAUAUUCUGAAAAGUUUUUUUUUUUUUUGUCAAAGAACUGUAUAUUUCUUCACUGUAUACUCACAGGCACUCACAGGCAGUUGUGUAUUGGAUGCCUGCGACACUUCAUAUGCUUGAAUUAAACAAAAAAAAUUAUAAUAAAUGAAUAAAUAAACAGACCUGGCCUGAAAUAUGUCCGAAAAAUAUUAUCCUGAAAAUGAAUAUUUCAGCUUUUUGAAAAAUUUAUUCCGAUAUACAACGUACAAGAAUUUUAUAUCAAUUUAUACAGUAUUAAAAACGAACAAAAAAAAAAGACUGAAAUCGAUUCUGUGUUAAAACCAACUAUCAGUGUUCACAUCAUAGUUAAUGUUAGCUUCUUUUUGCUUCCAUUUCUGUGACUUUCCUUUUUUUUAUUCUUUUUUUUUUAGUUACUAUACGACUUCCUAGUGGAUCCUAUACUUUGUAAUUAAUGACAAAAAGAAGCAAUUAAACUGAAAAGAGGAAAAGCAUGACGAUAUCAAAAAAAAAAAAAAAUGCCAGUGUUGAUGUCAUUACUGCUGAUUAGUGAUGUCAGGGUGUGUAUGUUUCUUCCUGUUUGUGUGUCUGUGUUUCUGUGCCUGCGUGUAUUUCCGAAAUCUGUCUUUUGGAAUGCUGAAUCUCACAUUUUAUCUGACUUUUAAAUCUGAAUUGUCAGACAAUGUGCAAGGAAAAAUUAAACCCCGAAAAAAAAUACUUUAUUUUCUGUUUA